CACAUGUUGGUAAAUAUAAAACAGCUGUGCCCAUAUUCUCUUCAUAACACUGCCACCACGGAACAAACAGACACUUAAAAGAAAAAAAAAAACAACAAUUAAUAAUUAAACCUGUUGAAGUUGUAGAACAGGGGAGUAAUUUAAGUACAGAGAGAAAGUGAGCAGUGAAAUUCGGCGCCUCUUUAAAUUUAUUGUUUUAUCGCGUGUUAGUUUGGUGUAAAACGCGAAAAUGGUUGUUUUGUCUAAAAAACCAAAAACUUUUAAGAUUGAGUUCCACGACUCCAGCAAGGCUUUUUACAGGAGUGGAGACAAAGUGGCAGGUCGCGUGCUGGUGGAGGUGUCGGAAACGACCCGAGUCACGGCCAUGAGACUGCACGGGAUCGGCUGCGCCUGCGUGGAGUACAGCAAAGGGAAGCAGCGCUGCAAGGAUGCCAUUGAUUACCUCAAAUACCAAGAUGUUCUUCACCUGGACCAGCAGCCUACAGAUUCGGAUGGCUCUGUUACUCUCAGACCUGGAAACAGAUACGAGUACACGUUUGGGUUCGAGCUUCCUCAGUCAGGGCAGCUGGUGUCCUCAUAUAAAGGCAAAUUUGGCUCUGUUGAGUACUAUGUAAAAGCAGUGAUGGAGCGGCCCCGUCAGUCUGAUGUAGAAUGCAAGAAGUAUUUUCAGGUUGAGGAACCGAUUGAUGUCAACACUCCUGAACUUACAUCUCCUGUUGCAGGGGUAAAAGAGAAAAAGCUGACCUGUAUGUUUAUCCCUGAUGGUAGUGUAUCAAUCUCAGCAAAGAUUGAUCGUAAGGGUUAUUGUGAAGGAGAGAACAUCUGCAUCGAUGCCAAAUUUGAGAACACUUGCUCUCGCAUCAUUGUCCCGAAAGCUGCUAUUAUUAUCAAACACACCUUCUGGGCCAAUGGUCGCACUAAGGUGCUACACGAAAAGAUCUCAGCUGUCAGGGGCAAUCAUAUCAUCUCUGGUAUGUGUGACAUGUGGCAGGGCAAGACCUUACGAGUGCCAAAACUAAGACCCACCAUCUUGGGCUGCAACAUCAUCCACAUGGACUACACGUUGAUGAUUUACGUGCACAUCCCAGGAAGUGAAAAAAUAUGUUUAGAGCUUCCUUUGGUCAUCGGGACAAUUCCUUUUACUGGCUUUUCCAGUCGUACCAGCAGUAUGAGUAGCCAAGAUGGGAGCUCAGCAGCCACUAGCAGCCUGGUGUCCAUGCCCUCUGCUCCGCCUAGCUACAGUGAAAUACCUCUGCAUGGCUGCUUGGACCCAUUCAUCACACCGUUGCUCAAUGACUAUGAUGAAGAUGACUGUCCUAUCUUCAUGCAUGCCAGAGAGCACCAUCAGACACCCCCUCCAGCAUAUACAGAGGUGCAAGAAGGAUGCAGUUGCAGUGGCACUACACUCUAGUUAGUUUAAACAGCUGAAGAUGCAAAAAAGUGUUUAUUUUCAUGAGAAAUUAACUGCAGAUGUUCUUGCAAGUUAUGAAACAUAUUUACAUUUCAGCAUGUAAUGUAAUACAGGAUGCUAUCACAAUAUAGUGAAAUUAUGUAAGAAUUAGCUUCUGGAAAACAACAUUAGACUUUUGUGUCUACUUUGUGUUUCUUGAUUAUUUCUGGGGUAUCCUCAGUUUUUAGAUCUAAAAGAGUUUUUUUUAUUUUGUUAUUGUUGUUUGUUUGAUUUUCAGAUGGAAGUUGAGCUUUUGCCAUAUUGGCUUUGUGAUGGGUCUGCCUUUAUAAUCAUUCCAGAUCAUAAUUUAGAAAAGAUCAUUGAGAUUGGGGGGGACAAACAAACAAUGUAACAGUGGGCAUACAGUGUCUUUUUACUGUACUAUAUUAAAUAAGAGUUCAGAGGGCAUCAGAAUGCACUUUUGAAAAUAGUAUACAACUUUGUAUCAGAGUUAAUGGUUAGUUUGUUAGAUUAUGAUAAUGACAAACGAUUUACUCAUAAACAUGUUAACAAUAUUUUCUAACAGUUUGUUUAUUUUUAUUUUAAUUGCACUCAUUAAUAUUAAAAGAGUGCAGAGUUGCUUUGGAAAUUUAAGAAUUA